GAAGGACUUCGUUUUAUUAACAUUUCAGUUCUUGCCUCCGUGUUUGAAACUGUUCGGUGCCCAUUGUGUAAACAAGGACAUGCUGUUUUGGAAGAAGAGAAAAUGGGCCUAGCAUCUCUUCUUAUUUUAAAGUGCUCUUCAUCGAAGUGUAAAUUUGAGAAGCUGUUUUACACAUUUAACAAAGUGGUCAACAGCCAGGCGUUUGAAGUAAACAGAAGAGUGGUUCUGGCGACAAGAAAUAUAGGUGUUGGUCAUCAAGGCCUUGUCAAGUUUUGCGGUGUGAUGAACAUGCUACCACCAAUGCAGGGAAAUUUAUUUCAAGACCAUCUCAAGGCAGUGAAGAAUGCAGCUCAAACUGCUGCUGAAAAAUGCAUGUCAAAGGCUGCUGAUGAAGUAAAAGGAUUUUAUGAACCAGAACAAGAUGAUGUCUACAACUAUUGGAAUUUCAGGGAUGGGACCUGGAGGAGGAGGAGAGGUUUU